UGACGUUAGGGAAAGGUGGGGGCAAUCAUGGUGCCGCUGGGGAGGGGAGAAGCUGCUGCUGCCGCCGUUGCCGGGAGCCGCGGAGAAAGGUCAUUACCUUUCCAUUUCUCACAACUGGGCUGAGCACGACUGCAUCAUGGGGGAACACAGUCCAGACGACAACAUCAUCUUCUUUGAGGCAGAGGAAGAUGACAAGAUGCUCAGGUUUGUGGAUACAAACGGACUGGUGCCUUCCUCAUCUGGAACUGUUUAUGAUAGGACCACUGUCCUUAUCGAGCAGGAUCCUGGCACUUUGGAGGAUGAAGAUGAUGACGGACAAUGUGGAGAACACUUGCCUUUUCUAGUAGGGGGUGAAGAGGGCUUCCACCUAAUAGAUCAGGAAGCAAUGUCCCAGGGUUAUGUGCAACACAUUAUCUCACCUGAUCAGAUUCAUUUGACUAUAAACCCUGGUUCCACACCCAUGCCAAGAAAUAUUGAAGGUGCAACUCUUACUCUGCAGUCGGAAUGUCCAGAAACAAAACGUAAAGAAGUAAAGCGGUACCAGUGCACCUUUGAGGGCUGUCCCCGAACCUACAGCACAGCAGGCAACCUGCGCACCCACCAGAAGACUCACCGAGGAGAGUACACCUUCGUCUGUAACCAGGAGGGCUGUGGCAAGGCCUUCCUCACCUCUUACAGCCUCAGGAUCCAUGUGCGAGUGCACACGAAAGAGAAGCCAUUUGAGUGUGAUGUGCAGGGCUGUGAGAAGGCGUUCAACACGCUGUACAGACUGAAAGCACAUCAGAGGCUUCACACAGGGAAGACGUUUAACUGUGAAUCUGAAGGCUGCAGCAAAUACUUCACCACACUCAGUGAUCUGAGGAAGCACAUUCGAACCCACACAGGAGAAAAGCCAUUUCGCUGUGAUCACGAUGGCUGUGGAAAAGCGUUUGCAGCGAGCCACCACCUUAAAACUCACGUCCGCACACAUACUGGUGAAAGACCCUUCUUCUGCCCCAGCAAUGGCUGUGAGAAAACAUUCAGCACUCAGUACAGUCUCAAAAGUCACAUGAAAGGUCACGAUAACAAGGGACACUCGUAUAAUGCACUUCCACAACACAAUGGAUCAGAGGAUACAAAUCACUCACUUUAUUUGAGUGACUUGCACCUCCUGUCCACAGAUUCUGAAUUGGGAGAAAAUUCCAAUACAACACAGGGCCAGGACCUCAGCACAAUUUCACCAGCAAUCAUCUUUGAAUCAAUGUUCCAGGAUUCAGAUGACACAGCAAUUCAGGAAGAUCCUCAGCAGACAGCUGCCUUGAUUGAAAGUUUUAAUGGUGAUGCAGAGUCAGUCAGUGAUGUCCCGCCACCCACAGGAAAUUCAGCAUCUUUGUCUCUCCCGCUUGUACUGCAGCCUGGCAUCUCCACGCCACCCCAGCCUCUGCUACCAGCCUCAGCUCCGUCUGCUCCUCCGCCUGCUCCCUCCCUAGGACCUGGUUCCCAGCAAGCUGCGUUUGGCAACGCCCCUGCUCUCUUACCACCUCCGGAAGUGCCUGUUCUCCACAGCACGCAGUUUGCUGCUAAUCAUCAAGAGUUUCUUCCGCACCCCCAGGCACCACAGCCCAUCGCACCAGGACUUUCUGUUGUUGCUGGGGCUUCUGCAGCAGCAGCAGCGGUGGCAUCGGCCAUGGCAGCACCAGCCCCACCACAAAGUACUACUGAGCCCCUGCCAGCCAUGGUCCAGACUCUGCCACUGGGUGCCAACUCUGUCCUAACUAACAGUCCCACCAUAACCAUCACCCCGACUCCCAGCACAGCUAUCCUGGGGUCCGGCCUAGUCAUGGGAGAACAGAACUUACAGUGGAUAUUAAAUGGUGCCACCAGUUCACCACAAAACCAAGAACAAACUCAGCAAGCAUCGAAAGUUGAGAAGGUGUUUUUUACCACUGCAGUACCAGUAGCCAGUAGCACAGGGAGCUCUGUCCAGCAGAUUGGCCUCAGUGUUCCUGUGAUCAUCAUCAAACAAGAGGAGGCAUGUCAGUGUCAGUGUGCGUGCCGGGACUCUGCCAAGUAGUGGGCAGCUGGUGCAGAAAGGGCUGUUCUUCCCCACCGGCGCCAGAGCCAAGCCUGCUGAUGGGCCCAGCCUGCAGCUACCACCCUAGACUUUGUCCUCACCCUAGUCCCUUGUCAUCCUCCUCCACUGGACCCUCUUCCUGUGGGCAAAGCAGACAGGCCGAGGCUCCUUCAGACCCUCAGAUGGAAACGUUAAGUGCCAUGGAUGUGUCUGAGCUCCUGCCCUCUAGAGCCUGGACACCCUGUCCUGAUUCCCACUGAAGCACUGCUGCAGGGUAGGAGGAGAUGGGCCCAAGGCAGUUUCUGCAAGUGAAGGGCCCAUGCGUGCUUGUCUACAGGAAGAGGGCAAGCAGGAAGCAGGAGGCGCGACGUCUACCAUCAUGGGGUCAGAAAUUGGAAGGAUGAAGAAAUCUGCUGUUUGAAAGCCUCACCUUUCAGACGUAUUUUCUUUAUUCACAUCCCAGGAACAUCCAUUUUAAGGAACUGAUCUUUGGAAAAAAACAAAAAACAAACAAAAAAAGCUAAGUUAUAAAUGAACUGUUUGGCUGCACUGUAUGUCACUUUCGCUUCUUGUCAUAUGAAUUUGGAAAGUAAGGUUACUCGUAUGCAUAAAAAUUCUAAAUGAAAGGGUGUGGUUGCCAUCAAUCUAGUACUGCCCAUCACUUGCACUGGAGUCUUUAUGGAUUGGGUAGGAGAGGUCAGUGUGUCAGGUUGUGCUCCUCCCUGUGUGUCUUUAAUCUGAGGCUGACUCUUGGUCCAGAGGCCAGGCUCUCACCCCAUCAAAGUGGGCAGUGUGAGGGCAGGUGAGACAGCUGUGAGCUGGACAGGGUCGGGUGAGACGGCUUUGUUGUUUGUACUUGGUGUUGGUAGGGCUCAGGGUCAAUCUGCAGGCCGUCCUGUAGCCCACUCUGCACAGACUUUUGGCAGCCCAAAACCUGGCCUGCCAGCUGUGGGGAUGAUCUGGUUCUGUGGGGACCCCAGGCCGGUUGUUGACUGCUGUGUGUUGAUGGUAUGUGUGCAGAGUAGGCUCUAGCACAGUGACAGUAAACCUUGAAAGGUUUCAGUGACAGCGAACAGCCGGUUGCAGUGUGUGUGCCGUAGGGUCACCACCACUGCUUCAGCAGCACAAUCACAGCGUUUGCCUCUCUGGUUCUUUCCACCUCUCACCUGCUUGCCAGAGCUCGAAGGUCACAGUGAGUUUUCCUUGAGGAACAUCCCUGUUUUGUCCUAGAGUGAACAUGGGGUUUAGGGCCAGUGGCCAGCCAGUGGUCUGCCUUCCUUUGAAUGCUGUUUUCUUCUUCAGAGCAGAAGGGCUACAUCUUGCUUCUUAGUAAAACGUGCAGAUUGAAGGGAGCUCAUAGGAGGUAGUGGGUGAUUGGCAGGCCAGGUGUUCCAGUUCUAGGUUCUAGCCAGGCUUUUGGUUGCCCUUUUCCAUCUCCGCUCCUCCUCUGGAUUUUGCAUACAGCCUAGUACAGUGCAAACAAGAAUGUGACUUGCUCAGCUUAGUCAUGUGAUUUUUAAACAAAAAGGAAAAAAAAAACAAAAAAACAAAAACAAUGAUCUUCUACUCAGGGUAAAACAAAAAAUUCCCCUUCCACCAAAAAGCCUGAAAUGUUGCAAUAAGUUGUCUCAUUUAGAAUGUUUCAUUAAGUUGUGUUAUAGGAAAAUUUGUGUGUGUGUGUGUGUGUGUGUGUGUGUGUAGAAUUAUAUCUAUCUGUCUGGCUCCAAGUAUUUCCUCUUGAAACAUAAAAUACAGUGCAUACUAGAAUGGCAAGUUUCUCUCACCUGGCUGUUCAGUGUAGUCACGAGUGCUCACCAAGGUCAGAAACCAUGGCUCAGAGUGUGGGAUAGGCCCCUGUCUCUCAAGAACUCUUUCCCUGCCUCCAGCAAGGAGUGGGUUUCCAUAAACAAGGCAGUGAGAGCCAGCCAGUGAGAGAUCUGCACUGAUCACACUCCUGCUCUGAGCUUACCUUGGAGGCAGAUCACUUAGCUUGGAGCCAGAGACCCUGCCUUUAGCAAGGAUGUACAGGGACAAGCUUGGACAAGAGGGUAGUUUUGGUAAUGCUGUUACUGCCAUGAGGAGAAAUGGGCUUAAAUGCAAGCAGCUGAUUUCUCUUCCAGAAGUCUAGACGGGAGAAUUGAUUUCUCUUUAAACUUCUGUACUCUUUAUCCCUAAAGGUUGGUAGUUUUUGGCAACCACUGACCUCAGCAGAAGUUGAUAAGGCAGGAGGAAUCUUCUACUACCACAGCGGGCCAAUCCUCCUGGGAAAUCAAAUGCAAGUGGAGGUUGUCCUGGCUGUCACUAAGCCUUACACCAAUAGGAAGCUGUGAACCUGGAUGCAAAAGCAGUGGAUGGGAUCCCAAAGUUAGCUCGUGGCAGAUGGUAGCUAUGACUGUCCCAUGUGCCCACCCUCUGGUGACCUGUGGUUCUGGUUCCUGGGGCAUGAGGAAGAAAGUAGGGGUCUGGAGGACAGGCAGAGCAUCUGUGGUUCAAGUGUUGGCUUCUUGCCUAGCCAGGGCUGUCCUCAUGUUGAGCCCUGCCCGGGUCACUCUCCACAGAUUGGGGGUGGUGAAGAUGCAGCUUAAAACAGUAUUUAGACUCAUAGAUUUUUCUAAUUGAAGAAGUUGAAAUAUCUGCCUUUUGUGGGUGGUUUGGAUUACAAAAGAGAUUAUCAGAUCUGAUCACUUUUGAUAAAUCAGGAAUGUGCUUCAAAUGCUUAUGUAGUGCAGGUUUAUUCCACAGGGUAGGCAGACCUUCCCUCCGUCCCUUCCCAUCCUCUCCCACAGCCCUGGCCUCCAGUGGCAAAGACCUCAGAUAAGAGAGGUCUUUUGGCUGCACUGGAGGUAGAAAGAACCUUCAUGAACAGUAUGGUUUUCCAAACCUGGAAAUGAACCUUGGGUAAUUCUAACAGGUAGAAUCAAGCCUAUUCUCCCUAUAGUAACCAUAACCAUUUUCACCCUAUAGGCCUAUACUUUGGCUCCCACUAGCAUCUCCAGUUAGACUGUCCUUCUAGGGUGCUAGUCAGCACCAAGGAGAGGAGUUUAUGGAUUCAGGGGGAGACAGUAAGGAAACUAGCAGGUGCCACCAAACUGCCUGCAUGAACUUGGCCCUUCCCAGGUAGGUGGGUGAGGCAUUGAAGGAAGUGGCUCUGCCUUUCCUGACAAGGUCUGGCCAGUCUGGCCAGUCAAGGGGGCCUCACUAGUUUGGUAGCAGGAAUAGUGUCAUUGAUUGAAUUCCACCCUGCUUAGGAGGACAUUAUGGUACAAAGCCCAAGAGAGUCCUUGAGAGGUGAUGCCCUCUUUGGGUAGAAAGGCAAGGGGCUGCUCGUCCCCACCUCUGGGAGAGUCAGUAGAGUGGAGAGUCAUUUUCAGGUUCAAGACAGUGGACCGAUGGGGAUAAUGGAGGGUAGGUGGGUUUUCCUGAGAGACUUUGUAUAAUGUUGAAUGUGUCCAGAGGGACAAGUUUGCAGAACCUCAUAUUGGUAUAUUAAAGAAAUAAUAAAAUAAAAAGCACUUUAGGUUAUUUUAUCUUUAACCCAAUUGCUGCAAUUUUUGUUGUGUGUAUAUAUAUAUACAUAUAUACAUAUACUUUCCACAAAGUUUUAUUUUUUGCUCAGAAUAAAAAGUUAAAUUGAGGUGUGAAAAGAAAGCACUUACCUUGGUGCAAUAUGUGUAGCUUGAUGGUCGUUGUCCCAUGUGGCCCUGGCCUGGCCGUGUUUUUCCCCUUGCUCAGCCUGUGCUAGCAGGGUGUCUGUAGGGAAACACUAUUAUGCAUCCUCAGCAACUGCUCAAUCUAUGCAAGCCUUCCCUGUGUGCCCCAGGGCGCCCCCUCAGGCUCUCGGAAGAACUGCUGUGGGUGUUUUCUCCAGCUGACUGUUGAGGCCCUUUUUCACCACUUCUUGGACCCUUGCCAUCUUUCCCCUCUUCACCAUUACAAAGUGAUGCCUGAAAGGAACAGGUUGUUCCUAGGUAGAAAUCUGGCACCUUCUAGACUUUUAUAUUUGUAAUCAUGUCCAUUGUCCUUAAAGACUUCUCCAGUGUCACUGAAACCAUUGAUUUGUGGAACUGCAACAAUAUUGCUCAAGAGUUUACAAUUUUCUGAUAUCACUAAUCAGAAAUAUGUUUGGGGAGGGGUCGGGGUAACAUGAUCCAUAUCUGUACUGUUCUUCAUACCACCUGGGUUGGUUCUAAGAAAAAAGGCUUCCAGCCUCCAUUAAAUCCAGUAAACAAAGCUACUAAUACUCUUGUUUAUCAUCUUCCUUGUCCCUCACCGCCUCCCACUUAAUCUUGUUUUCAGGCUCUAGACUACAUAAGUUUUAAAUACACUUCACCAAAGCAGAAAGAGUUCCAUAGAGGCGGUGUGCAAGUGGCUCUGCUGAACAUCCUGGAAACUGUCCAUUCCUUAACAUUUGGGGGCACAGGGUUGGCAGUAAAACCCAGUAAUGUGUAUUUCGGAUUGGUCAGUCUAUUUAGCCUGUUUCUUCUUGCAUAUUCUUGUGAGGGGAGAGGGAAAGGGUCCUUGUUUCUUCUCAUGCCCUUGGGGAUGCUAAUGAUCAGUCUGGGCAUUUCUCAUUGUUAUUCUUGAUCAAGAGGGCUUCUCAGUCUGCAUUGAAAAAUGCAAAUUAAACUGGACCUUUACGUCAAGCUGUACAUAGUAAAAGCUUUUUUUACUGGAAAUGAGGUUUAAAACCACACACUACCCUUUUGGUGGUGUGCCCACUGGGCCAAAAAUUGGGUGAUAAUGUCACUUUCUCAGCUCAAUGCAGUUUCUACUUUUUCUUAUGGGAAAAUUUUUCAUAAAACAUUUUUUCACCAAAACCCAGGGGUGUUUUUUGCAAUAUCCUUGUCCUUGUAGUGGUGCCAAGUCAGAGGCUUCUCUUGCCCUUUUCCUCUCAUGUUCUCAGGCCUCUCAAAGGCUGUUGGACUCAACAGCCUCCAUCUUCUGUUGUGUUCUGGAGAAAGUGGGGGUGGGGUCAGAGUUCAAGGUGACUGUUCCUUUUUCCUGUGAACGCCCUCUUGUCCCUUUCUGGAAGGUGACUAGAAACAGGUUUUUAUUCCGUCUCUAGUAGAAAUCUAGCCAGGAAAGGCAAGAGCCCCCAGGAGCCUUUUUUGACACACUAAUCAUUGGCUGGUAGUCUUGGUGACAAUUUUUAAAAUUCCAAAUAGUUUCAUUUGGAUUAUGUAAAAGUCUAUCAAAUUUAUUUAAGUGUGAAACAUGGGAACAACAGACUUCCACUGAGCGAUAUGAAAACGUUACAGGUUCAGUACUUCCAAAGGAAGAAACCUCCAAAUCCAAAAAAGAAUAAAUAUGAAUUUGUAUUUUUAAAGAAUGUGAAAUAAUGGUGUUUGCUUAAUUGCUCAUUUUGUAUAAACUUAAUAUUGUACUUUAAAAUAUCUGCUAAGAAGUGAAAAUUUAACUUUUUUGAAUUGAAGAAGCAAUAUUAAAUACUAAUGAAAUCCUAAUUAAAUGCUUAUUUAAA